AUGAUUAAAUUUCUUAAGCAGAUUGCAAUAGUAAUUAGUAUUUUAAUAAAAAGGCUUUAAAUUGAUUUAUAUUUCCCUCUACAACUUAAACAUGCUCAUCUUAAUUUCACUGUUUAACUCGCUAGGAAUCAUUUAUAAAUUCUUAAAAAGCUUGUACAUGCAAAAUCAAUUAAUAUCAGUAUUUUUAUUACUUUUAUGAUUGUCCUAUAGAAUGUUAAUAAUGUGCAAACUCUAAAUAGUGCCAUAACCGUAUAUAUUCUAAUGGUUAAUGCAAUUGUAGAAAUGGACAUAAUUCUUUAGAUUCUGAUCCAAUUUGUUAUAAGUGUUUAACACAUUAUUGUCAUGUUUGUGAUAAGUUGA